CAAUUACUACACGUUAGAUAGCCACGCGUUACAAUUACUACACGUUAGAUAGCCACGCAUUAUAUGAAUACACGUUAGAUAGCCACGCGUUACAUUAAUGGCACGUUAGAUAUCUACAUGUUACAUUAAGGACACGUUAGAUAGCCACGCGUUACAAUUACUACACGUUAGAUAGCCACGCGUUACAAUUACUACACGUUAGAUAGCCACGCGUUACAAUUACUACACGUUAGAUAGCCACGCGUUACAAUUACUACGCGUUAGAUAGCCACGCAUUACAGUAAUGACACGUUGGAUAUCUACACUUUACAUUAAUGACACGUUAGAUAGCCACGCGUUACAAUUACUACACGUUAGAUAGCCACGCGUUACAAUUACUACGCGUUAGAUAGUCUCGCGUUACAAUUACUACACAUUCGAUAGCCACGCGUUACAUUCAUAUACAUUAGGUAAUCACGAGUUACAUUAAUAUAUGUUAGAGAGCAACGCGUUACAUUAAUACGCUCUAGAUAGUCACGCAUUAUAUUAAUACACGUUAGAUGAUCACGCGUUACAUUAAUACACGUUAGGUAAUCAUGAGUUACAUUAAUACACGCCAGAUAGCUAUGCAUUAUAUUAAUACAUGGUAGAUAGUCACGCCUUAUGUUAAUACACAUUAGAUAGUCACUUGUUACAUUAAUACACGUUACAUUAAUACAUGCUAGACAAUCCCGCAUUACAUUAAUACACCUUACAUAGCGUUACAUUACUAAUAUGGCUUAUUUGGACUUCCAAUACGGCGCGAGCUAAUUCACCUAUUAAUUUCUAAUGCAAUUAAAUUCGACGCAAUUCAAUUUCAACGACUCAAUUCGAUGUGAAUUCUAAUGUUAUUAUAUCGGCGCGAUUGAAUUCCAACAUGAUUAAAUUCCAACGCGAUUCAAUUCCAGCCUGAUUCCAUUCGACACGGUUGAAUUGCAACCCUAUUUAAUUCAUCAUCAUUCAAUUUCAACGUGGUUCGAUGCGAUUCAAUUUCAUUAUGAUUCAGUUGUAUUGCCAUAAGGUGAUUAUGUACCAUGUAUUGCCAAUCAAUCACAUUUGUCAAGAGAACAAAUUGGAAUAAUAUUUUUUUAAUUAUUUAAUCUACGUGACGUAAAUCUCUUCGGCAACGAUACAGAAGUUCGGUUCGGUUGCAAAACGAAAUCAUGAGAAUGUCGGAUUACCAAGGAAGUUAAUGGCUUUUCCCUCGGCUGGCUCAGAAGAGAUUUUCAUUGUUCUGAGUUCUAGUGGUUUUGCUUUCGUAAUUCGGAUUGUAACUCAACGGAAAGAAAUAUGUUAACGCGCUAAGGGAAGCGUUGUAAUUAAUUUGCAUAGGUGUUCAGCUAGCCAAUGUCUUGCAGAACACCUGCGUGGCUUAAGUAAUUAGUAGUUGUACACAUCUCUUAACGAACCACAAUUGUUCGCUCGUAUCUACCAGUUGUGUAAUCACAAAUGUAUCAGCUAAUAGAUGUUCUGGCUAGAUGUUCAAAUAUUUGAACGAAAGACCUACAUUUAUGGAAAGAAUAACUCGAUAAGAUUUCAUAAAUCCUACCAAGUUGAAAAAUUCCUAAAAUUAAUUUUCAUUUUCCUCUAAAUUAAAUUUGGAUUAGAAACUGUAUUAAAAUAGAAGACCGAUUAAGACUGUAGAUUAUAUAAUCUUUGUGUAAUUUUAAUGGCCCUCCUCAACGAGAAUCAAUACUGUAUUUAACCCAGUUUAUGAUUCAUUCUCACGAUUCGGCCUGAGAUUUAUUGAUCAGAAUUUGAUUUCUAACAUUAGAUACAGAAUUGACGAAUGGAGAUAAUUUUAAAUCUUGAGAAUAGAGAUUUAUCAAAGAUCUAUGAAAGAUAGCUCAAAUUCUAUUUAUUACUUGAAUCAAAAUUUAUCCUACAUCUGCAACCGUCUGAUACCGCAUGUAAUCCGCGUAAACUUCUUUCAAAUUGUCUCUCACCUAAUCUCUUGAAAUGAGACCAGUGUCUCCAACAGAGGCAAAUAAGAAACGAUUUUCCGUCCCGAUGGCUUCCUGGCCGGCAAGAUAAAGAGAUGCAACGAGAACGGAACGAACUUAACCGGAUGGGCUAUUAUUUAUACAGUUCGUAAGCUUCUUAAGGAGAAUCGCGUCGCUAAAAGGCAAGAAAUUCCAGAGUCGUUCACGCCUAUAAGAAUGAUAAAACGGUUGCAACGUGCUGCGAGUGGAAACGUCUCUGUUUACGAACGAUGACUUUAACGAGGACACGGUUCCUGAGAAAAUGCCGCAGACCGCCGAUGCUAAUUAAUUAGCGUGUACGCUAAAUAAUUCACUUUCAUCGCGAUAGCGACGACCGCGAGUAACAGCAGCUGAUAAUUGCAUGCGGAGAAUAACGGAAAUCUAUCGAGGAAGGAAGAUACCACGUGGUUCUUCCGGCUUUGGUACACAAAAUUGGCAUAUGUGGUUGUCAACCGUUGCUUCCAUUUUUACAGAUUAUUAAAAUAUCGCUUUGGUACAUUUUUUCAGCACUAAAAUUAAAAUAGUAUUUACAGGUAACUAAUAGAAUUAAUAGCUUGAAGUUUGAUGAAAAAGGUCUACAUAGACUUAAUACAAAAUGGUUGUCUGUAUACAAAUUAAGGACUGACUUUGAACAGGCUCAAGAUCAGCAUCUACUAAAAUUAAAAUAGUACUAAGAGCUAACUUAUGGAAUUAAUAUGGAGCUUGAAGUUUGAUGAAAAAUGUCUACAUAGACUUAAUACAAAAUGGUUGUCUGUAUAGAAAUUAAGAACUGACUUUGAACAGGCUGAAGAUCAGCAUCUACUACAAUUAAAAUAGUACUAACAGCUAACUAAUGGAAUUAAUAUGGAGCUUGAAGUUUGAAAAGUCUACAUGAACUUAAUACAAAAUGGUUGUCUGUUAGUUACAGAAAUUAACAACCAACUUUGAACAGGCUCAAGAUCAACAUCCACUAAAAUUAAAAUAGUACUAACAGCUAACUAAUGAAAUUAAUAUGGAGCUUGAAGUUUGAAAAGUCUACAUGAACUUAAUACAAAAUGGUUGUCUGUUAGUUACAGAAAUUAACAGCCAACUUUGAACACUCUCAAGAUCAGCAUCUACUAAAAUUAAAAUAAGACUAACAGCUAACUAAUGGAAUUAAUAUGGAGCUUGAAGUUUGAUGAAAACAGUCUACAUGAACUAAUACAAAAUGGCUGUCUCUCAAUUACAGAAAUUAAUAACCGACUUCGAACAGGCUCAGCAUCUGCAUACAUUUACGUUUUUAGAUAGCAUUCAGUUAGUUAGGAUGUAUCAUACUCUUGUGUAUCCUAACAGAAUCACUUCAUAUUCCAUCCACUAAAUUUCGAAGUUCUCGUCACAGCCGACACUCCUAUAUUUUGUUUGAUGUUUCCAAAAGUUCCACCGCGGUCCUCUAUAUUGCUAGCCAGGACUUCGUUCAGCCUCAACAGAGUCCUCGAAGCGCUCAUCAAACUUCAAGUAUCCUCUCAGCUCUUGCGUGAAAUAAGUUACUAUCCGCGCGAGUGCUUUUCGGAUGAAAUUGAGCUCAAAAUGCGCUUGAUACCCCUAGCACAUUAGCUCUAUCGUAUUACUAUCGUGUUAUAAUUUUCAAGUGCUAAUAAACUUUGUUAGAACAUAGGCCUUUUUGGUUAGGGUCAGUUACAAGUCAAAUAGCAAACUUUUUAUGAACCUCGCUAAUCUCACGCAUUUAAUGUUUUUCUAUUUCAAUUGUUACUUUUCCCUGGGAAAUAUCACUAGAAUGGUUAGCGAAACGCGUCGAAUCCUUUCGCUGAUUCCCACACGUGCCCUAUUCAUUAUCCGACAGUGAAAACUCGUCAACAAAGAUCGAGCAAACACUUAGACCAGCGAAAUGCAAUCGUACGAGACGAACGGUAAAAAUGUGCACGGUGUGCACUCGGUUAUCGUGUAGAGAGCACCGUGGUAUACCUGCGGUUUAAACGCGGCCAAGAAACGAAUAGAAACUAAUCGAUAAUGGUAAAUUGCUGUAUGUAUUAUGCACGUAAUAAAUAAACAGUCGAGACUUCUCGCGUGACUUCCGGCUCGAUUGUUCACCACAAGUACGCUUAAGGAACGUGCAACGUCGUUUAGCGACCGUAGCGGAGGACGAGGAAGAAACCAGGUUACCGAGGCAGUAGUCAUGUAAUACUUGGCAAACGAGAAGGCUGAUCUCUCUCCCCUUAUAUUCGGUUGUGAACGCUUCCCCGUAGCAGCUCCUCCCCGGUCGAACCUCGUCGUAGCUUCCGAUCAAUCGCGGAUCGGGUGAUGAUCUCAGGUCACCAGACAACAGGCUCCGUCAGAAAAUGUUCCGCUCCAAGAUUCGCAUUCACACGUGUCAAGUGAUACUGCUCACGUCGCUGGUAUGGUUCCUGGUGGACGUGAUGGUGUUGAUGCUCUAUUCGGACUGCAUCGGAGGGUCCGGAUGGGGUUGUACCGAGAACGGUAAACAGCAGGCGUCGCUGACCGAGGAGAACUUGCCGCACGCGAAGGCCCUGACCAAGGAAGAACAGCAGAUCCAGUCGAGCAACGAGCACAGCAAGAAACGAUACAAACAGUCCGAGCUGCAUUUUUGGCGACCCGCUAAAGUCGUCCGCGAGAACAAGGGUAAACCCGGCGAGAUGGGCGCAGCUGUGCACAUCUCGCCGGAGGACGAGGCCAGGCAACAGGAGCUCUUCAAGUUGAACCAGUUCAAUUUGAUGGCCAGCGACAUGAUCUCCUUGAAUCGGUCGCUUAGGGACAUCAGGUUGGAGGGUUGCAAGACCAAGAAGUAUCCCAAGUACCUUCCGGACACCAGCAUCGUCAUAGUGUUCCACAACGAGGCGUGGAGCACGUUGCUGAGGACCGUUUGGUCGGUCAUCAAUCGAUCGCCACGCACGCUGCUCAAAGAGAUCAUUCUGGUUGACGACAAGAGCGAGCAAGAUCACUUAAAGCAAGACUUGGAGGACUACGUGAAAACGCUGCCCGUCCCGACGUACGUGUACCGUACCGAGAAGAGAUCAGGCCUCAUAAGAGCUAGACUGCUUGGCGCGAAACACGUGAAGGGUCAAGUUAUAACGUUCCUGGACGCGCACUGCGAGUGUACCGAGGGUUGGCUGGAACCUUUACUUGCCAGAAUCGCCGAGAACAGAUCCACGGUCGUUUGUCCUAUCAUAGAUGUAAUUAGCGACGACACGUUUGAGUAUAUUCCUGCUAGCGAUAUGACGUGGGGUGGUUUCAAUUGGAAGUUAAACUUCAGAUGGUAUAGAGUAGCGCAAAGAGAAAUGGACCGAAGAUUAGGAGACAGAACGGCGCCUCUGCGUACACCAACCAUGGCUGGUGGAUUAUUUUCUAUUGAUAAGGAAUAUUUUUAUGAACUGGGUGCCUACGACGAGGGCAUGGAUAUUUGGGGCGGUGAAAAUCUAGAAAUGAGUUUCCGGGUAUGGCAAUGUGGUGGAACGUUAGAAAUCAGUCCAUGUUCACAUGUUGGACAUGUAUUCCGAGACAAGAGUCCAUAUACAUUCCCUGGUGGUGUCAGCAAAGUAGUUCUACACAAUGCGGCCAGGGUGGCCGAGGUCUGGAUGGAUGAGUGGAGAGAUUUUUAUUAUGCCAUGAACCCAGGUGCUCGAAACGUAGCCGUGGGAGAUGUGUCCGAGAGAAUUAAACUAAGAGAACGUCUGAAAUGUAAAAGCUUUAGAUGGUAUCUAGAGAAUAUUUACCCAGAGUCCCCAAUGCCGCUAGAUUAUUAUUAUUUGGGUGAUGUACAAAAUAUUGACACACAAACCUGUUUGGACACUAUGGGUAGAAGAACCGGUGAAAAUGUUGGAAUUAGCUAUUGUCACGGAUUAGGUGGCAAUCAAGUAUUCGCUUAUACUAAACGACAGCAAAUAAUGUCUGAUGAUAUGUGCCUUGAUGCAGCUAGUCCCCAAGGUCCUGUCAAGAUAGUACGAUGCCAUGGUAUGGGAGGAAAUCAGGCAUGGGUUUAUAACGAAGAGACAAAAAUGAUUAAACAUACGAACACAGGACAUUGUUUAUCGAAACCUCGUUCAAACGAUGCAAUGCAACCUGUCCUAGCACCGUGUGAUCCUCAUAAUAUUGGUCAAAAAUGGAUUAUGCGUAGUAAAUUCAAAUGGCAAGCCAGCUAAUACGAGCUGUUUCUAAAUGCAACACAUUUAUGCAAUACUUGUUGAUAUAUUUACUACUACAUUAAAGGACUGAUAGUCAAGAAAUUUCUGUACAUGCAACAUCAAGAUGAUAGUAUUAUAAUUCAUAAAAAUAGUUCAGUACCAUCAAUCCACCAAAUGGAGUUGACGACGUGAAAGAACUUAAUCUAUACCUUAAACACGAGAGAUUGAAGUUAAUGCGUUUAGUUACAUAGGAUUUAUUUACUGUUGCUAGCAGUAUCAUGUAUUUACUGCCAUUUCUCAUGGUAUGCCUUGAUUGAAAAUGCACAAGUGUUGAGAAAGAAGAAAACUAUUUCCAACUAUGUGUGAAGAUGUAUACAAGUGAUAUGAAGAGACACCUAUGUGAACAUUUUUUUUAGUAAACAGUAGAGAGAAAAGCAUAUCAGACCACUGUUAUAAAUAAAUAAUUGUUAAUACUAAAGAAGAGACAUAUUUGAUAAUGUGGGAUGAGUGCAAUGCUGGAUGACUGGAAGAUAAUAUCAGUGCGCUAAACCAAGGUUAUGUUUACAGCAUAAGUGAUUACUAUUACAGAGAGUGAAUGUUGGAAUGCAAGCGAAAUUACUGUGACACUAUCGACUAUGAUUUAGAACUUGUACUGUAUAAUUUUCUAGCGAUUAGGGAAGAGCACUGAAUCUUUUUAUACUGGUAUUUCUAACAGUUCCUUGUUGCAUCUCGUUCAUAUUAAUUUAGUUGUUAUUUUCUUUUAUACUUGUUUCAAACGAAGAAAGGUACUUAUAUCUGAAUUCGCCAUAGUAAUAUGAGAUUAUGUUAACGCAUCAUCGUUUAAGCAUACGAAAAAGUAUCAACUGUUAUUCACCGCUUUGUUAUACUUUCUUGAAUUCGAGGCAGAACGUCUUCCGAAUUUUCUUAUCGAACAAAAAUAUAAGUAGAUAUUUUUAUGAUACUUCUAAGAUGUUUCAUAGCUAUAAUUCUUCACAGAUUCAAACUCCUUUUACCUUCUGUGUACUAGAAGUGUGCCGAAAAUUUAGAGUGCAAUAUACUUCUUGAGUAAGACUUUGAAGAAGACAGUUUCCCGUGACUAAUGUAAAAAUGUUGUUACCAGAUUCUAACGCCCUUCCCUUGCAUUACCGUAGAGUUGAACAAUUUUUCACGCGCUGAAAAGAUAGUCAACAAAAUGUAAAGCACUGUUUCUCGAAAAUGUUGACUGAUACACUUACGUUUGACGACAAAAAUAAUUAAUUCUGUAACUUAAACGAGGAGACACUGAACUACAUUUAUAAUAUUUAAAAUAUAUACGACUCUGAAAUUUCAAUUUAGGACAACUUUGAUAAUAAAAAGUUAUACUUAAUUUUAUGUUACACAAAGAAAUGGUGAUGGUGCAACAAAUUAUCAUUUACAGCUUAAUUAUAUGUUUAAUUAUUCAUACAUAACUAUAGUAUUUAUUUUUGUACAGGACUCGACUUUUAUUAAAUCGAUACAUUACUUGAAUAAUAGAUUUUUUAAUUAAUAAAUAUAUUAGCAGAAUUUGUAGAUAAAUUAUAAGUUGUUUAAAAUGAUAUGGUUAAGUUUAAUUAAAUUCAAUUAAGAAAACCAAUCACAAAUAUAGAGAAUAUAAAGUCAAUAACAAUGUGUAAACACGAAUCAUCGGUUCAACCUGUUUAUUAUAAAUGUAUGCAUAUUAUUUUAAUAUUUUCAUUGGAUUUAUUUUACGAUUAUUGUUUGUAAUUAUUUAUAAAAAUAAUAUAUCGUUAAUUAAAAUAAUGAUGAGAAUUACAUUAACAUUUAAACGAUUGUUAAAAUAUUGUUACACAAGAAUGUAUGUACGUGUCUACAAAUAUCAUUUAGAUAAUGAAAAGACAAAUAUCUGUUUUUGUUACUUAUAAUACAAAAAAGAAUUUGAAAUGAAUAUACCUUUGAAGACAAUAAAAUAUCCCAACAUGUUUCAUUAAGUUCAACCAAUUUAAUAAAAUUUCAUACUCUUAUAAUUAUUAAUUCAAUUAUUUUGGAAAAAGUGUUAUGUAUUUAUGUUUUGCAAAGCUCAUGAGAUAAGACUUACUAUACAAAGUUUAUAAAAGUAAAAUUAUGUAUUUGUGGUGAAAAUUAAUCUAUUAGAACACAAAAGAAUGUAACUGUAAAUAGACACAUUAUAAUUCUGAUGUGCCUCCAAAAUAAUUUUUAAAUACUCUAAUAUAAAUAAUGAGGUCUUAACAUAUACUACCAAGUACUGCUUGAAAAAACUUACAAGUCCUAUGUAUUAUAACAAUGAAUUACUAGAAACUUAUUAAAUAAAAAAAAA